ACUAUAGAUCAACACAUCAUCUUGCAUCCCAUGGGUUUUAUGAAUUUUUAAAUUGGUUUGAUGAAAGAGCAUGGUAUCCACUGGGAAGAAUAGUAGGUGGAACUGUAUACCCAGGACUGAUGGUGACAGCAGGCCUUAUACAUUGGAUUUUAAAUAUGCUUAACGUGACGGUCCAUAUAAGAGACGUAUGUGUAUUCCUAGCACCAGUUUUUAGCGGCCUUACAGCUAUUUCUACUUUCCUGCUCACCAGAGAACUGUGGAACCAGGGAGCAGGGCUUUUAGCUGCCUGUUUUAUCGCCAUAGUUCCAGGUUACAUAUCUCGAUCGGUAGCAGGAUCAUUUGACAAUGAAGGCAUAGCUAUUUUUGCACUGCAGUUCACAUACUAUUUAUGGGUCAAGUCAGUGAAAACUGGGUCAGUCUUCUGGACAAUCUGCUGCUGUCUAUCCUACUUUUACAUGGUCUCUGCAUGGGGUGGUUAUGUUUUCAUCAUCAACCUUAUUCCGCUGCAUGUGUUUGUUCUGUUGCUGAUGCAGAGAUACAGCAGGAGGGUGUACAUUGCAUAUAGCACUUUCUACAUUGUGGGUUUAAUAUUGUCGAUGCAGAUACCUUUUGUGGGAUUUCAGCCCAUUAGAACAAGUGAACACAUGGCAGCUGCAGGUGUUUUUGCACUGUUGCAGGCGUAUGCCUUUCUGCAGUAUCUGAGAGACAGAUUAACCAAGCAAGAGUUUCAGACACUCUUUUUCUUGGGCGUCUCAUUGGCUGCUGGGAUUGUGUUCCUGAGCGUCAUCUAUUUGACAUAUACAGGUUAUAUUGCUCCUUGGAGUGGCAGAUUUUAUUCAUUGUGGGACACUGGGUAUGCGAAAAUUCACAUCCCGAUCAUUGCCUCUGUGUCUGAGCAUCAGCCUACAACAUGGGUUUCCUUCUUUUUUGAUCUGCAUAUUCUCGUGUGUACUUUCCCAGCAGGGCUGUGGUUCUGUAUCAAAAACAUCAAUGAUGAAAGAGUCUUUGUGGCUCUGUACGCGAUCAGCGCCGUUUACUUUGCCGGGGUGAUGGUUCGCCUGAUGCUCACGCUGACGCCCGUGGUCUGUAUGCUCUCUGCCAUUGCCUUCUCCAAUGUCUUUGAGCACUAUCUGGGUGACGAUAUGAAGAGGGAAAAUCCGCCCAUAGAAGACAGCAGUGAUGAAGACGACAAAAGAAAUCCAGGAAACCUGUAUGAUAAGGCAGGCAAAGUGAGAAAGCAUGUAUCUGAACAGGAAAAAACAGAAGAAGGACUAGGCCCCAAUAUCAAGAGCAUUGUUACUAUGCUGAUGCUGAUGCUGUUGAUGAUGUUUGCUGUCCACUGCACCUGGGUAACUAGCAAUGCAUACUCCAGCCCUAGUGUUGUUCUUGCUUCUUAUAACCACGACGGUACUCGGAAUAUUCUAGAUGACUUCAGAGAAGCCUAUUACUGGCUGAGGCAGAACACAGAUGAACAUGCCAGAGUCAUGUCGUGGUGGGACUACGGCUACCAGAUAGCGGGGAUGGCAAACCGGACCACCUUAGUUGAUAACAACACUUGGAACAACAGCCACAUAGCACUGGUGGGGAAGGCCAUGUCCUCGAACGAGUCGGCGGCGUACGAGAUCAUGAGGAGCCUGGACGUGGACUACGUGCUCAUUAUUUUCGGCGGCGUCAUUGGCUACUCCGGUGAUGAUAUCAAUAAGUUCCUGUGGAUGGUGAGAAUAGCAGAGGGGGAACAUCCCAAAGACAUUCGGGAAAGUGACUACUUCACCCCGCAGGGAGAGUUCCGGGUGGACAAGGCAGGUUCCCCAACGCUCCUCAACUGCCUCAUGUACAAAAUGUCCUAUUACCGAUUUGGAGAGAUGCAGCUGGAUUUUCGGACACCCCCAGGAUUCGAUCGUACGCGCAAUGCUGAGAUUGGCAACAAGGACAUUAAAUUUAAACAUUUGGAGGAAGCUUUUACAUCAGAGCACUGGCUUGUUAGAAUAUACAAGGUGAAACAACUAGACAACAGAGAGACACUGGAUCAUAAACCUAGAGUAACCAACAUUGUACCGAAACAGAAGUAUUUGUCAAAGAAGACCUCCAAAAGGAAGCGUGGCUACAUUAAGAAUAAACUAAUUUUAAAGAAAGGCAAGAGACCGAACAGGAAGACAGUUUAAAAACACUGUUCUGAUUGCUAACACGAAGCAGUUGUCCUUGAGAUAACCAGUCUUUGCCUUUAGCUCAAGUCAUGUUUCACAGCAACAUGAGGGUACAGAACCAUCAUUGGUCCAGAUUAUUGUACAAAACUUUCAGGCAAUGUCUGAUUAAAAAUAUUGGCUUAUUGAGAACAGCUGUUUUAGAUUUGUAAUGUGAAGCAAGACAGAGCUGCUGUCCAAGUCUAGCAGCAGUUUGUUUUUUGCUUUUUUUUUUUUUUUUAUUGGUACAUAUUAUCCUUCAAAUCUGUUGAGAAUUUGGACUGACUGCACCAAAGAACCCUGUAAUUUGGUCCUUGGCACAUGCAUCCUUGUCAAUCUUUUCUGGAAGAUACUGUUUAGCUGAAUAGCAAUAUGUAAACUGGAAUGGUGACAUUUAAAAUGACUUGUUUUCAACAAUUAAGAGGAAAUAGAGAUCUCUGAAAUUAAACUUUUAAAAUAAGUAAUUUGCUCCCAUGAUUGUUUUUAAUGGUUUC